AUGGCGGAGAAGUGCGUCCACCAAGGCUGCGGCAAGGUCUACACCGAUGCAGAGGAGCCAUGCGUCUACCACCCCGGCCCUCCCAUCUUCCACGAAGGCCAGAAAGGUUGGAAAUGCUGCAAGCCCCGCGUCCUUACCUUUGAGGAGUUUAUGACCAUCCCCCCCUGCACAACCGGCAAGCACUCUACAACCGACCUGCCACCCCAGAUCGAGAAGAAGAAGGAAGACGCUGCUGCGGCCGCCCUUCUUGACAAGCUCGCAUCGGCACCGGCCCCGGCGCGCAAGCCCCUCUCCCAGACCCAGGCCCAGGCCGCUCCCUCUCCUCCUCCUCCACCCCCGGAGUCCGAGUCCGAUGACGCCUCCCUCGAGAUUGCCGAUGGCGCGACCUGCCGCCGCAAGGCCUGCUCGGCCACCUACCGCAAGGGCUCCUCCCGUGAUGCAGAGUCCUGUGUCCACCACCCUGGCGUCCCCAUCUUCCACGAGGGUUCCAAGGGCUACAGCUGCUGCAAGCGCCGCGUGCUUGAGUUUGACCAGUUCAUGAAGAUUGAGGGUUGCAAGACCAAGAACCGUCACUUGUUCAUCGGCAGCGGUAAGAAGAAGGGAGCCGCCGCCGAUGGAGGCGAGGAGAAGCUUGACACUGUUCGCAACGAUUUUUACCAGACUCCCUCUACUGUUAUCGCCUCCUUCUUCCUCAAGAAGAUCGUCAAGGACUCUGCCAAGAUUGAGUUCAAGUCGCAGUCCAUCGCGCUCGACUUGCCUACUUCCGACUCACCGCCUAAGCGCUACACCGCCGAGGUGCCUCUGUUCGCGCCCAUUGAUGCGGAAAAGUCCACCUUCAAGGUCCUUGGCACUAAGCUCGAGGUGACUCUCGCCAAGGCCGGCGGCGAGUCGUGGCCGGUCCUGCGCAGUGACGACCGUCUCACUGGUGAGAUAUUACAAAUCGGCAAGGCGGGGCGCUUGCAAUAG